UGUCUCUCAGAACAGCCCAACAGAGACAGGCUGGGGGGCACAAGGACACAGGAGGGGACACAGCAGGGACAGCUGGCCCCGGGGGUAUCCCAGAGCACAUGGUGCCAUGCUCAACAGUAAAAGCCAGGAAGGAAGCUUGGCUGCGUUGCUAUUUUUAGGAACUCAGUGGGCACUGGUCAGAUGGGGUUGCUUUCUAUCACUUGGGGUUUUUUUGUUUUCUUUUUCUUUAAGCUUAUUAAACUCUUUCCCACAAACCAUGAAUUUCCACUUUUACCCUACCGGUUCUACCUCGCAGCUCACUGGAGAGGAAAUUCCAGUGCCAUCAUUUUCACUGCAGCUGUGGAGAUUAAACAGAUACCAGACAGAAGUAUUUCCUCUCACCAAGGGAAGGUGCCCGCAGCUUGUGUAGCUCUGACCACUCAAGAAAUCCUGCCAUAAAUGAACAACUCAUCAUGUCUUCAGCCAUCGCCAGCUACCACCGUAGCUCUCCCCAUCCUCUACUCCUGCCUGUUUCCUGCUGGAAUCUUUGGCAACAUUCUGAUUCUGAGUGUCUGGGUAUUUUCACAGAAAACGCCCACCCGAAGGACACAGUACAUUUACCUGGCCAACCUGGUGACUGCAAAUCUGCUGGUUUGCAGCACCAUGCCCUUCCUGGCUGUCUACUUUGCCGAGGGGCACCGCUGGCCCUACGAGUCGGCGGCGUGCAGGCUCACCCAUCACCUGGGGACGCUGGUGAUGCACGUCAGCAUGUACGUGACCAUCACCAUCCUGUGCUCCAUUGCCCUCAGCCAGUAUGCCACGCUGAAGAAGAACUGUGGCCCACAACACUCCCCAGCUCUGCCAGGAACCUUCCAAGGGCGCUUGCUGCACAAGUUCCAGCGGCCGAAAUUCGCUAGAUAUUUUUGCGUCGUUAUCUGGCUGAUUGUGCUCUGCAUUACAGUCACAGCCAUCAUCUACAACGUCCAGGAGACGGUUUCAGGAGAGUUCCCUACAUGCUACAACAUCAAGGUAGAAGCUGGUGAGCAUCCUGCAAUGAUUGCAGCUUUUCUUGCAACUGUGUGCUUUUUUCUGUUUUUUAUGACUGUUUUGUGGUCGUACUAUUCUCUUACUAGACAUCUGAACCGAAUACAAGAAAACACCUGUAUUGAAGAAAAACAUCUCAUUUACAGAACAGUGAAAAGAAACAUUCUUGUCAUCCAGAUGAUAUUAACUGUCUGUUUUCUUCCAUACCACAUUUUUAGGCCAAUUUUCUAUGUGCUGCUUACAGAUGAUGACUGUCCAAGGUUAAACUAUCUAGUGGAAAUUAAAAAUCUCCUUACUUGUCUUGCUGCUACUAAAAGCAGUUUAGAUCCAGUUAUAACCCUUCUGUUAGAUAAAACAUUUAAGAAAAGUUUUUAUGGCCUGUUUACAAAAUGCACAUCAGAACAUCAAGAACGUAAUGAUGAUAUUUUCCCUGAAAUGGGAAGAAAUAUGGAAAGAUUUUCAUAGACUAUAAAUAAUAAUAAACUAAUUUUAACUACCUUUAGACAGACUUUGAUAUAAAAUGGCAAAUAUUUAAAUAAAAUGGUAACAUAUUGUAUUUUCUUUUCAAAUCAUCUUGCUACAUCAACAUUAGUCACAAUAAAUCCAACAUAUAUAUCCAAAUGAAUCCAAGGAAUUUGUAGAGGGAACAGUGUAAUAUCCAUUCAUCCAUGUAAUACAAAAGACAUUUCAUAUUUGACCUGUGGACAGUUCCUUUUACCUAACAAGUCAAGGAAGAAGGUAAAAACUAGGCUGAAGUUGAGGACCCAGCUCUCUCUUGUUGUCAGCAAGAUUUGUACAUAGGUUUCCCUUACAAGAAGGUUGAACAAAGCACACACACUUUCCUUGGGAUGGGUGAGCCACGACUGUGCUACACAUCCAAUGGCCAAGUAACCACAGCAAGACAGAGCUGAGCAGUCAAAGCUUUCCAGAUGGCAAAGUGCUGCUGACAGGACUGGUUUUAGAUCAUCAGCUGCAAGCCUGGGUGAGCAGAGCUGCUCACUACCAAAAUGCUCUCCUGAUUUGCACAGACACAAACUCAAACCCCACCACUUCUGUCCUUCCUGAAAUACACUUCAUAGGGAAUGUAGCUGCAGUUAUCUCAGAAAAAUGCCUGCCUGGGCUUGUUUCUCUUAGAAGAGUUUUUGAGGGCAGCAUAGGCUGAAGACAUUCCUCCU